AAUUAAAUCAAAUUAAAUAUUAAAAAAAAAAAAAAACCCUCAACAUGUAGAAAAGAGGAAGAAAGAAGAAAAGACGAAGCAAAGAGAGAGAGAUCUGAAGCAAGCAAACCAUGGCGAACUCAGACACCGAUAAACUGCUCAGAAAAAUCGCAGUAGCAUUCAAUGAACUCGCCGUUACUGUUAAUUCACAGACUGCCGAUGUCGACGUGGCGACCUUCUCUCACGCAUGUUCUCUCGUCUCUCCUCUCUUUGGCUGCUUAGGAUUCGCCUUCAAGUUCGCCGAAAUGGAUUAUGUCGCCAAGGUUGCUGAUCUUGCAGUGGCAUCAAAGUCGAUAAUGACCUUGCAAGCCUUGCUUGACCAUGAUAUUACGGGAAACUCUGUGCGGAAAGCUGGCAGUCACACUAGAAAUCUUUUGAGAGUUAAGCGUGGACUGGACAUGGUUAGGGUUCUUUUUCAACAGAUAAUAGCUACAGAGGGCAAUUCCUUGAAAGAUCCAGCUUCCAAAGCGUAUGCACAAGUAUUUGCUCCCCAUCAUGGAUGGGCAAUAAGGAAAGCUGUUGCUGCAGGGAUGUAUGCCCUUCCAACUAAAGCUCAACUGUUAAACAAGCUGAAUGAAGAUGAGGCCUCAGCAAGGGUUCAAAUGCAAAGUUACAUUACUGCAUCUGCUCCAGUGAUUGUGUACAUCGACAAUCUCUUCAUUUCAAGACAGUUGGGUACAGACUGGUAAAUUAUGGAUUGUAAGUUGAGAGACUCUUCUUUCAACUGCAUUGGACGUAGAUUGGUAAAAUACGUAUUUCAUUUAUGUAGUAAUAUAAUAUUGUGUGUGAUCAUCUUGUUUUAAGAAACACUAAGAUUAAACUUCAGCGUCAUAGAAUCAUUACAAAUGUCUUAAACUCUUGUAUAUUUGAAGAAACACCAUUGUUAACAUGAUUCGAGUUAAGGCCA